UAUUUGUCCUUUAGUAAUAUCAUAAAUUAUGAAUAGUUUUGGAUUUAUAGCCGCUUUGGCGGUGGUUUGUUUGGCUAAGGUCGAAGCAAUACCAUGUGGAUGUCCAUUACCUCCUCCAUGUCUACCAGCCCUACCUUUACCACCCCUACCAUUACCAGCCCCAUGUCUUCCAGCCCUUCCUUUACCACCCCUACCAUUACCAGCCCCAUGUCUCCCAGUCCCACCUGUACCAUCAUGCAUACCAUCUCCACCAAUUAGUCCAGCGGUUCUAGCCUCUUUAUUAGCUACUCUUAAAGCAGCGGCACCUGUUUCACCCCUUGCCACACUCCCCGUCCCACCCCCACUGAAACCAGUCUUUGGACCAGCCCCCACCGUAGCUACAACCCUGUCGGUCCCCGCACCCGCACCUCAAGUCAUAGCUCCAGGACCAGCACCAGGACCAUUGAUAGUCCAAUUGCCGUCAGUAGCCGGAAAGAUAGCGCCAAUCGUUGUUCCCGCCGGUCCAGCGGCUAACUUGCUCGUCAAACUGACUCAAAGCCCAGCUCCCGCACCCAUCAUACUUCCAGGAGCGGCACCCGGCCCAAUCGUCAUCAACGAUGGAAAUGUAAUUAAGGAACAAUCUAUCACAUGUGCACCGGCUCCCGAUCCAAACAAAAUAUUCUUUGCUUUACCUCCACCGUUACCGACUCCACCAGUCGUGUUGCCACCCGCGCCAUUGCCAAAGGUGUUCUUCAAUCCCGGUCUGUACAUCCAAAAACCUGAUAUCGUUUACCAAACUCCGGUUGGUCUACCUCAAUUGUUUUUGAUUCCAUCACCGUGUCCAUGUCCAGCACCGUGCUACCCACCACCAGGUCCAUGCAACCAACCACCAAUUGUUGCUAAAGUGCCAUGCGUCUGUUAGUUUGUCAAUGACAUCACCACUCAAUUAAUAUUGUUAACAUCUAUACGUUAAAUAUUUUUUUUUUUUGUUACUAACAAUGAAUUUAUUCUGUUUAAUGACAAAUGUUAUAUGUACUUAGUACUACUUACCAACUUACCUAUAAUAUAAAUCACUCGUCAUAAUUAUUA